AUGUCAGCCAAAGCAGUAUUCUUAUUUGCCAUUAACGCCUUCUUCGUGCAGGCUAUCACUGGCGCAUGUUGGGGCAACGCCUUCAAUACAGCUUGGCCAUCUGGCUGGGCUGGGGAGGGCUUGGGCUGGGCCGGACCAGGUCUAGCUGAAGGCCCACUAAUUGAGGCAGGGCCUUGCGCCGGCAGUCCUUUUGGCGCUGGGUGGGCAGGUAACGGACUCGCUGGAGCUCCCAGAGGAUUCGCUGUAUCUAGUGCAUCACCUAUUCCCCCAGUUGGGAUGUCUAUAGCCUCUGAUAAUGCUAUCGAAGGUAUUUUAGCUGUUGGAGGAGAGGUGCCAUUCUUGGGUACAGUGGAACUGGAAGGAGCUCUACCAACCGCCGGUGCAGGUGCGGUAUCUUACGGCUGUGGUAAUGGCGCUGUAGGCAUUGUUGCUGAAGACAUUGCUCCUAUUGCAACCAGCUUGCCCGGACCUGGUUUUGGCUAUGGACCUAAUUGGGCCGGAGGUUUAGGCUGGGCUGGUCGAGGUAUCAUCGGACCAGAGCCACACUGGUACGACAGUCCUCAAAAAGAAAAUUUCGUUCCCCUAUUUCCCUUACCAAAAUCUGCUAUGCGCAAAAGAACUACAACUUCCUUGUGCCCUGGAUUUACAACCAAAUACUAG